GGCUGCCAUCUUGCAGCGCGCGGGAACUUCCGCCGCCGCCGCCACCACCGUCGGCGAAAAAGCCGGGCGAAGCGAAAGCGUGUCCUGCUCAGACCACCUUCCUUUUCCAUUUGCCAACUUGCCAAGCAGCCUGGCUGCCCAGCCCCAACUCAGGCCAAUGAACUAACCUAUCGCCCGCUGCCCUACUGUCAGCCGUGACUCGUCCCGGUGCCCAGCCCCGCGAAACGGAGCGUCCGGACACCCAGCCUCCCCGCCGGCCGCGAUGCCGAACACGCCGCUGCCGCCCAAGGAGAGCAACCUUUUCAAACGCAUCCUGAAAUGUUACGAACAGAAGCAGUACAAAAAUGGCCUCAAGUUUUGCAAGAUGAUUCUUUCAAACCCCAAAUUUGCUGAACAUGGAGAGACUUUGGCUAUGAAAGGAUUAACCCUGAACUGUUUAGGAAAAAAAGAAGAAGCAUAUGAAUUUGUUCGUAAAGGACUUCGUAAUGAUGUCAAGAGUCAUGUCUGUUGGCAUGUAUAUGGACUCUUGCAGCGUUCUGAUAAGAAAUAUGAUGAAGCUAUUAAGUGUUACCGAAAUGCCCUCAAAUUAGAUAAAGAUAAUCUACAGAUUUUGAGGGAUCUCUCUCUGUUGCAGAUCCAAAUGAGAGAUCUUGAAGGUUACCGAGAGACAAGAUACCAGCUUCUUCAGUUGCGACCAACGCAACGUGCUUCCUGGAUCGGAUAUGCUAUUGCAUACCAUUUGUUGAAAGAUUAUGAUAUGGCCCUAAAACUAUUGGAAGAAUUUAGACAAACUCAGCAAAUUCCUACCAACAAAAUAGACUAUGAAUAUAGUGAACUGAUAUUAUACCAGAAUCAAGUGAUGAGAGAGGCAGAUCUAUUUCAGGAAUCUUUGGAACAUAUAGAAACAUAUGAGAAACAAAUAUGUGAUAAACUUUUGAUAGAAGAAAUUAAAGGGGAAAUAUUGUUGAAAUUGGGAAGAUUAAAAGAAGCCAGUGAAGUAUUCAAAAACUUGAUUGAUCGGAAUGCAGAGAAUUGGUGUUAUUAUGAAGGCUUGGAGAAAGCUCUACAACUUAGUUCCUUAGGACCUUUUCUUCCCCAUGGCACUUUAGAAGAGAGGCUUCAAAUUUAUGAAGAAAUUAGUAAGCAACAUCCCAGAGCCAUUUCACCUAGAAGAUUACCUUUGAAUCUUGUCCCAGGUGAAAAAUUUAGAGAACUGAUGGAUAAGUUCCUGAGGGUUAACUUCAGUAAAGGCUGCCCACCCUUGUUUACUACUUUGAAAUCUUUAUAUUGCAAUACAGAAAAGGUUUCUAUAAUCCAGGAACUUGUUACUAAUUAUGAAGCCUCCCUUAAAACCUGUGACUUUUUUAGCCCUUAUGAGAAUGGGGAGAAGGAACCCCCGACAACACUACUGUGGGUUCAGUAUUUCCUGGCACAACACUUUGAUAAACUUGGACAAUAUUCUUUGGCUUUGGAUUAUAUUAAUGCUGCAAUUGCUAGUACUCCAACUCUAAUAGAAUUAUUCUAUAUGAAAGCAAAAAUUUACAAGCAUAUAGGUAAUCUCAAAGAAGCUGCAAAGUGGAUGGAUGAAGCACAGUCUUUGGACACAGCUGAUAGAUUCAUCAAUUCCAAAUGUGCAAAAUAUAUGCUUCGAGCAAAUAUGAUAAAAGAAGCAGAGGAAAUGUGCUCCAAGUUCACAAGGGAAGGAACAUCUGCCAUGGAAAAUCUAAAUGAAAUGCAGUGUAUGUGGUUUCAGACAGAGUGCAUUUCAGCUUAUCAGCGUCUGGGGAGAUACGGGGAUGCUUUGAAAAAAUGCCAUGAAGUAGAAAGGCAUUUUUUUGAGAUAACCGAUGAUCAAUUUGACUUCCAUACAUACUGCAUGAGAAAGAUGACCCUUCGUGCCUAUGUUGACCUUUUGAGAUUAGAAGAUAUACUCAGAAGACAUGCCUUUUAUUUCAAGGCUGCUAGAUCAGCGAUUGAAAUAUAUUUGAAAUUGUUUGAUAAUCCCUUAACCAAUGAAAGCAAACAACAAGAAAUAAAUUCAGAAAACCUGUCAGCCAAAGAAUUGAAGAAAAUGCUUAGCAAACAGAGAAGAGCUCAGAAAAAGGCUAAAUUAGAAGAAGAGAGAAAGCAUGCGGAAAGGGAACGUCAACAAAAAAAUCAAAAGAAGAAAAGAGAUGAUGAAGAGGAAGAAGCCAGUGGUCUUAAGGAAGAACUUAUACCUGAAAAAUUAGAAAGGGUAGAAAAUCCAUUAGAAGAAGCCAUCAAGUUCCUUAUACCUCUUAAGAACCUUGUUGCUGAUAACAUUGACACUCAUCUAUUAGCAUUUGAAAUAUAUUUUAGAAAAGGAAAGUUUUUGUUAAUGCUGCAGUCUGUCAAACGAGCUUUUGCCAUCAACGGUAAUAACCCAUGGUUACAUGAAUGUUUAAUUAGAUUUUCUAAAUCUGUGUCUAAGCAUAGUAAUCUUCCAGACAUUGUGAGCAAAGUUCUAUCUCAAGAAAUGCAGAAAAUAUUUGUCAACAAGGAUUUGGAAAGUUUUAAUGAGGAUUUUCUCAAACGUAAUGCUACCUCUCUUCAGCAUCUGCUUUCAGGUGCUAAAAUGAUGUAUUUUCUGGACAAGUCAAGGCAAGAGAAAGCAAUUGCUAUAGCCACUAGACUGGAUGAAACUGUAAAAGAUAAAAAUGUAAAGACUUUAAUAAAAGUUUCUGAGGCCCUGCUUGAUGGCAGCUUUGGGAACUGUAGUUCCCAGUAUGAAGAAUAUAGGAUGGCCUGUUAUAACCUGUUUCCUUUCACCUCUGCUUUCCUGCCUUCUGUGAAUGAAGUCGACAGUUCCAGCACAGCACUGAACCAUACAGCUAACUAUGAUGUCUUUGCAAAUGAAAUUUGAAAUCUCAUAGAACUUUGACUCCUACAGACUCAUCACUGAAUUCAGAUCAGGGUUUCUUUCCAGGGUGCAUUUUAAUAUAGGUGUGAAAUGAAAUAUUUGGUUAGAAGUUAUAAAUAGUAUAUUCUGUAAGCUUCUUUUAGUCUUUAUCUGACUCUGCCAGUUUACAUUUGUUAAAAUUUGUUUAAACAUUUGUUAAAAUUUUAACAUUUGUUAAAAUGUUUAAACAUUUGUUUAAACAUUUGUUAAAAUUGCCUGUUUAUACUUGUACAGUUUUUCUUAAACUCCCUAAUUAACGGCAUUGUGGUAGCUGCUGUGUCUGUGUCAUAAUUAUGAUUAUUUCUUAUUAAGCUAACUUGUAUACGCCCUACUAUAUUAUUUUCUUUAGAUCCUGGUUUCAGUAUCUCUGUUUUGAUCCCUUGUCUUAUUGGUUUUAUUAUUGCUCUUUAAAGCAUAUCAGUUUUAAAGUGUCAACUGUGUUAAAAACCAUAUGGAUUCCUCUUGGCAGAUAUUGAGGUUUAUUUUAAAAUUUAAUUUUGCCACUUUUCACCUUAAUUUCUCAUGAUUUACCAUUUCCUUUGUAAUACCCAUCAAAGUGAUAUUUUCUGGUUAAUUAAGGGUACUCUAGUUUCAGAAUGUGAAGUUUGGUUUGCCUGUCAGUUGUGGAAAUUCACUGGUAAAUUUGUUGCAUCUCUCUCUAUACCAGUCUUAAAGACCCACAGGCAAGAAUUACGUUUUUUUUUACUACGUUGCUUUGAGUGUUAACACGUAGUUUAUAUUGAGGUCCUUCAAGGGAGCAUAUUAGGGCAGAAUACAAAUUAAAACCGAACAUUGUUACUCUUAUAACCAUGCGUUAACUAUUAAAUGCAUUUUUAUAUCAGCAAAAUGAGAAUUUAAACACUCAUUAGUUCAACUAUUAAGACAUAGUAUUGUUGAACAGUAUAUUUUGGGGGGAUAGCUUUUUGUUCUAUCUUGUACAGAAAACAGUAAUGGAAUCACUCAGUAUGUUCAGAACCCUGUAAAUAUAUCUGUAAUAUUAAUGCUUCCCUUAAAGACAAAUAUAAAUUCAAAAAGGGAGAUUUUAUUUAGACAAACAGUUCUAAUUAAGAUGGUUUUCUUUUACCCUAAUCUAUUUAGAUUCACAAUUGCUGAAAGAGAAAAAAAUUCACUAUAAAAUAAUGCCAGCCUAGAUAAUGCUAUAAUAAAUUAUUUUGUACACAGUU